GGCGCGGCGGCGGCGGCGCCUUCGCCCUGCCGGCGCCGGUGCGGGCGCCGGUUCGCGGGCGGCGAUGCGCGGCGGGCGAGCGGCGGCGGGGGGACGGGCCCUCCCCCCGGCCCCGCGGCUCGGCGGCGGCGGCGGGUGACGACGGCUCGGCGGCAGCGGCGGCGGCGGCGGCGAUGGGGUGCCUGCAGAGCGUGGCCUGCAAGGCGCGGGUGCGUCGGGAGCAGAUCGUGGUGUCGGACGUGUCGGCCACUAUCGAGCCGGCGGCCACCGCCAUCGAGGAGAGCUCGCCAGUGGUGCUGCGGUACCGCACGCCCUACUUCCGCGCCUCGGCCCGCGUCCUCAUGCCGCCCAUUGCCCGGCGGCACACCUGGGUGGUGGGCUGGAUCCAGGCCUGCAACCACAUGGAGUUCUACAACACCUACAGCGACCUCGGCGUGUCAAGCUGGGAGCUGCCCGACCUGCGAGAAGGAAGAGUAAAAGCCAUCAGCGAUUCAGAUGGCGUGAGCUACCCCUGGUAUGGAAACACCACAGAAACUGUGACCCUGGUCGGGCCCACUAAUAAGAUCUCCAGGUUCUCAGUGAGCAUGAAUGACAAUUUCUACCCCAGCGUGACGUGGGCUGUCCCUGUGAGCAACAGUAAUGUGCCGCUGCUGACCAGGAUUAAAAGGGACCAGAGCUUUACCACGUGGCUGGUGGCCAUGAACACCACCACCAAGGAAAAGAUCAUCUUGCAGACUAUAAAGUGGAGGAUGCGAGUGGACAUUGAGGUCGAUCCCAUGCAGCUGCUGGGGCAGCGGGCACGGCUGGUGGGAAGGACUCAGCAGGAACAGCCCCGGAUCCUCAGCAGGAUGGAGCCCAUCCCACCAAACGCACUAGUGAAACCCAACGCCAACGAUGCCCAAGUCCUCAUGUGGAGACCCAAGCGAGGCCAGCCUAUAGUCGUGAUACCUCCCAAGUAGAGCAGCGCCGGGGCGUGCGUGUGAGGACCUGGGUGCUGCCGACCUGCGACAAACGAACGGGGUUUCUGAGCCAAAGCAGACCUCUUGGGUUCUUCUGCCUUUGUAGCCGUGGUUGGAAUCGUGGCUCGUCCUUAGUCAGAAAGAGAGCCUGGCCAGCGCGGAGGCGCAGAAGAAGGAUCGCUGAGCUGGAGGAUUUCCCGGGAAGUGGAAUCGAGUAUUUCUAGGGGCUUGUGGCUGGCAAAGAGGCUGUCUGACCUAAACGACUCGUCUUUCCUUGCAGGGCAAUGCAAGGAGCGUGAGUGCGAUUGAACCGUGCCUGUGGCAAAUGCUGCUUUCCACCCAACUGGAGGUAGAAGCGGAGACCGUGCCUGCUGGACGCAGAGGGUCCUGUGAUGUCCCUUCCCGCCGGGGUGCGGGUGUCCCCGCAGUGUCUAUACCUAUGCAUUUUGGAUUGAUAAUCGACCCCUCGCCCUGUCCGCUGGGACUGGGUGGGAGGGCCUGGGAGCGGAGUGGGAGCUGGCAGCACCGGGGUGCUGAUCCGGAGCCCAGCACUGGCUGUCACCGCUGCCUGGGAGGAUUUUCCGCAGCCGAGGGGAAGCGGGAUGUUUUGCAUGCAUCUGGGUGUGUUUGGAGUAGUUGUGAGUGUAGGAGAUGCCAUAGCUCUUUUCCGUCUUGGAGUGAGAUCUAAGGGCAGGUUAGAUGUCCUUUUGUUUUAAGGUGCACUAAAUCUUUGCAGUUCUUCAAUCUUCCUCUCCCCAAAAUCCUACCGGCCCUUCCUUCAUGGAAGCAAAACCGAUUCUCAGCCAAGCGAGAAAUUGAGAGCCCGUUCACCCAGCCCAGGGUGAGCAGGUGCUCGCUGACCGUGGGUUACCCAAACCAGCCUGGAGGUACCCUGGGACUCGCACGCACUGCAGACCCAAGUCCCUUGUGAAAAGUUGGGUGCUUCCUCAUUUUCCACGCAAAUGCUGGCUUAUGUGGAGACCCUCCUCCUCCUCAGCCACCCUGGGAGCAGGGUAGAUACAGGCGAGGGUGCUGGCAGGGAGGGGAUGGCGUGCCUUGUUGUAACUCCCCAGGCUUUGCAGGGAUGGGGGUCUCCUCUGCGUGGGUCGGAGGCAGGGAUGUGAGCAGAGGCUGCGCAGGGCAGGCAUGGGUUUGCCUGGGAAGGAGGAGGCGAGCGCGCUGCUUGGGUGCUGCUUCCUGCUACCACAGGUGCUUGGGGGAUAACGGGGUUUUAUUUGCCUUUCUCCUUGCCCUUGGCUCUCCUUGCCCCCAAGCUCUCUUGGCUGCCUGGAUCGCUAGCAUCGUCUGGUCCAUGGGGUGGUGCUGGUGCUGUGGCCUGUGACCUGCGAUUCCCGACGUUUCGCCCUGGCGUUGCAGCAGAGGUGAAAGCCGUGGCUGCGCUGCCAGCGCCCCAGGCCCCGUCGCUCCUGGGUAGAUCGUUACGGCUUUUGCUGCUUUCUCUGCUCUGUCCUCCGCCCCAGCGCAAGCUCUGCGGCUCCCCCCUCUCAGGCCCCUGCCUUCGUGCCACGGCAGUUUUGUGCUGCCCGGGGACUGUGGGUGAUUCCUGCUGGGAGGGUCUCAUCUUCUGUCCCACUGCCAGGAGAUCCUGGGAAGAGCUGUCGUGUUCGGCACUUCGGUGCAAAGCCUUUCCUGCGGCAUUGGCAGCGUUGCCCUUAGCCUGGCUGUCGGGAUGACCAGCCCAGUGCUGCUUUGCUCCCCUGAGUGUGCCGGCACGUCCCCGUGGCAUCGCUCCUCAGCGUGGCCGAGCUCCUGCAAAGCUUCUGCCACGGCUUGUGCUUUUCCAGGGCGGGAUGUGCACCCCCGUCCUCAGUGGCAAAGGGGCCCCCCAGGCAUCUUAGACCAAAAAUCCCUGUGAAAUCCCCAUGCUACUUAUUCUCAGUAGUGUCUGCUGCUGAUUCGAUUAUUUGAUUUUUUUUCUUUUGGGAGCAUUGCAUUUUGAUGCCUCGACGCACACUUCCCCGUGCUGGGGCCGGCGGUCCUGCUCCUCCCGCUUGGCCUCACGGGUAGGCUGGGAACCUGCUGCUUUCAGUGCCUACGUCUGGGUUUUGCUGGGGGCUACAGCCUCGUGGGAAAGGUUUGGAGGGAGAAGGGGCUCUGAGCUUUGGUUUGCUGCGUUUUCUGGAGCAAAGCUUUUACUGGGAGCUGGCUGGCACGGGAAGAUGUCCCACUCUUGUGAGACUCUGCCCAUGGUUUUGUCCUGGUUCGUGAUCGACGGCAGCUUUUGCCAUCACUGGUGUUUCAUUGUUCAAAAAGCCUUUGGAAGGGAGUUAGAAACUUUAAAUACAAUUUUCCUUAAGAUUUGGGGAAAGGAAGAGGGGUAAGUACCUUUUGGUUUGAAAUAAGGCAGAUGAUGCAUAUUUUUGACCCAGUGGGACAGAAAUGUCUCUGGCAGCACUAGAACUAAAAAUCCAGAGGAAGGGGUUCCCCAACAAAACGGGUUGCCCCGUAGUGGGCUCCUGGCUGGGAGAGGAUGCUGCAUCCAGAGCGGCUGUGUGAGCCAGCUCCCCAAAACCUGCAGGGAAGGGCCGGGGAUAUGCUCGGGGACUGCGUGCCGGCUGUCAGCCUGGGGAGCUGCCAUGGCACUGCCGUGGUGCCAGCCGGCUGGGAGAGCGGGGACGCUGGUGCAGGGAUGCUGUUAAAUUCAUUGCCGUCUUUUGGGAUGUGCUGGCCAGCCAGAGCCUCAGCACAUCGUCUGCCGAGACAACAGUGGCCGCCGUUUCUGUGCGUGUGUGUCUGCAGCUUCUCUGGCUCGGUGCUGCCUGGUGCCGGUGUUGGGCUCGGUGCCUGGCCGCAGCCGUGUGCCUGAGCUCCCAGGGCUGCCCCAGCCUGCAGGCAGGCUCUGGCUGAGCCCUAGGGCCAUGCCCGUGUUCACCCCUUCGGGCUUCUGCCAGGCUUCCGUGCCCGCUCCUUCUCUGAUGGCUGGAUUUGAUGCACUUAACUCAGUUUGAUGCAUGGGUUUUCUUUGUGGGCAUUUCUCCACUUUUAAAAAAAAAAAAAAAAAAAAGGUUUGCAAAAAUUGUUUGCAAAAAAACUUGCAAACAAUGUUUGCAAAAAUUUGCAGGCGUUUUGCAAAAGGUGUGUGUUCACUCUCGGAUGGAGGUGCUGGAUGAGCAUCUCCCUGAGUUCAGUAGCAGUGACCGGUGGAGCCUGGGUGCGGGGCUCGCGAUGCUCGAGGGAAGGGAGGGAGACAGACAGAUGGUGUGUGAGAGCUCCCACGUGUGAGACCAGGUUCAGCUCAUGUCCCUGUGGCCCUCAGCCAUAUUGAUGGGGAACCUGAGUGGGAGCCCUUCCUCAUGCCCCCCUUUUGUAUUAGCACCCCGUUAUCUCAGGGAGGGGCGGGUCACAGAAUUGCCCACCUGUGUGCUUCCCCCGUGCCCUGAGCCUCGGGGUGCCCCUUCCCCUCUGUCCCCAUCCUCGGGUCACUUAUUUAUUUAUUUAUUAACUAUUAUUUAUUUAAGGUUUAUUUAAGUUAUUUAUUGGUAUUUAUUGAUGGCUGGAAGUUGGGGGGUCAUUUCUGCUGCAUGACAGGGGCAGCUGGGUCCCCCCCCACCCAGCCCCCUGUGUUUCGGGGUGCUGCCCUGUGUUCGGGAGCAUCACUGGGGAGGGAUGCUCACGGCACCCGCGCUCCCAUCCCCUUUCGGAGCCGGGUGGGGGAGAAAGGAAGGGGAAUCACAUUGGUGCCCGCAGGGAGGACACCCCAUGCUCAUCCCCUUCCUGCAGAAGCUCGAAGCCCCUGUGCCCCCUCCCCAGGCGCUGUGCUCCCUCUCGUGCCCAUCCGUAUUUAUUGACUGAGUCUCCCGGCAUUUCUCCGUUCGGCUCCUGCUGGAUUUGCUGUUGCCAAUUCCCGGAGAUGGUGAGAAAAGCCAGGACGUGUGGGUGUUGCUAUGGAGAAAAGACCAAACCAGGUAUUCUGCUGCCGCAUGGGGAAAAUCGGAAGGAGGAGAAGAGGAAAGCUGGUUUUGCAGAGUGCCUUAAACACAAAUGACUUUACUGAGUAGGGGGCUCGGACUUCUGUCUCUGGAUGUUACUACCAACUCGAACAAAUGUUGCAUUUCACUUCUCUGGGAUUAAAAGAAAACCACUCGAGCUGUACUGGAACCAAACCCUGUGUUUGCUUGAGUCCGUCUUGCUCGUUUGCAUCUGUGGGGCCAUGGCGGAGCAGGCAGUAAUAUUAAUAUAUUAAUAUAAAUCCUUUUCUUUUGGUAAUGAAAGAGGGGAGUUCUCUGAAAUGCAGCCAUGUUUAGGGAAGGAUGUCCUCAGCAGGGUGGCCUGGCCUGCAUGCCGGGGUGAAGGAGGACAGUGAUGGGUGGCAGGAGCUGGCAGAUCUGGGUAUUGUCCGAGGACUGACAGGCCACAUCCCAGGCGGGUGUGGGUGCUGCCCCAGGAUUAGGGUCCACAGGAUGCUGGAGGGUAUCUCAUUGCAUCCAGCAUGUUGCUUGCCAUGAGUAUCGACCCGCCUAGUCCCCACUUGCUGUGGGGUACGUUUGUGCCCUGAGUCAGCAAAUUUCUAACACCUGCUCGUUUUGAGUGUUGCUGAUUGCACCGGGCACGGAGAGAUGCUGGCAGGAGCAAUAUGGCUGCCUUGGGCCCCGCUGCCUUGUCCGACAUGAUUUGCCCUUAAACAACUUGUGUUUCC